CACGCUAUAAAAACCUACUCCGACGUCAAAAAGCUUUCCACCUUUAAGCCUCGUCGAAUUCAAAAUCCCAACCCAAAAAGUUAAAACAAAAGGGAUUAGGAAGAAGACAUGACUCACGCACCUUCCUUUCCUCUUCUUCUAUUCUCCUCUCUGGCCAUUCUUCUUGCCAUUGCUAGAGCAGACGAGAGAGCUCCUCACGGCCUAGUUUACGAGAGUCCAAUGGCUUUUUCGCCUGCAGCAUUCGACUUCUUCCAUCCGAACAGAACAGAGCCUGCCGCUAAAAAACCGGGUGAUGAAACCGAUCGCUCGUGGCCUCAGGCAGCAAAAGUAGAUGCCACAAAAGCACAAGAAGUUACCAAGACAUUACCGGCUAGCAAAGGUGGAGGUAGAGUUUCUACAGGAGGAAUUGCCGGAAUUGUAUUUGGUCUUGCAGUUCUGGUGCUACUGUCAAUGGGUGUUUAUUACGUGCUCGUCGCUCGGCGGACAAAUAUGGGUCGAGCCAACACUGUUAAACCUGAUGUUUGAUCCGAUCACAAAGGCAGAGACUUUUUUUUUUUUUGCUUGUUUAAAUUAAGGUAACUAAUCAGUAAUGUAGCCCUUGUAUUCUAUUUGUCAUAGUGAUGAGACUCAUGGAAGUUUGGUGUUAAA